AUACUAACUAUAAGAUCCACCUGACCACUUUACAGCAUCAGAAGGAAAUCCUGCUCAAUUACCAAUCGCUGUCAAGUUUAAACUUGAGCUGCACUUGUUUUGGGGUCUGGAGAGCCUCGAAUGCAGCCGAUGAAUUUGAUCGACACUGAUAAGAGAUGAGAAUGGUCUGAAAGAGACCACAGAAAUGAAAUGUACAAGGACCUUAAAGAUGUACGUAAGAGCACCAAAAAUUUGUUUUAUCGCUUUAGUAUCUUUUUCUUUUUACCUUUUUCAUUAUGGUAUAUUCUCGCAAGUCAAAUUUCUAGCAUCUGCUAGAGAUUCUGGUACCUUAUUUACUCCUAGACUUGGCCAGGAACCACAUACUUCUACUGGAGGAGGCGUUUUGGCUCAGCCUGCAGAUGUCCAAACAUGUUUUCUCACCACUGACUGCUACAAACAAAACUCUCCAUUAACUUUAUUAUAUUUAGUCAAAGAUGGCUUGAUGUGAAAUUUUAUUUUCGCUUCAGAAAUCCUUCUCACUGUUUUUUUUCGUUCUUUCUUUUUUUUGUGUAAUUCUUUUUGUUUGAAACCUACACAGAAGUGCUGGAAAUCUAAUCAGAAGACAUCAAGAUUUAUAAUCUUGCGGAAAAUAAUUUUUGCCGAAUGUUGUGCUGAUCCAUUCUGAUGGCGCUUCAUAAUACGUGGCUCAUGUGUGGCUUUUUAAUUGCACAAUGAUCUUUCGAUUUCUCCCCACUCCAGUCACUUCCACUCUUGUUUACACUUUGAAUAAGAGAAAAUGGAUCUGACGUUACUAUAAAUGUUGUGCUUCUCGCUUACCAAGUUCUUUCUGUCUUUACUUUUUUUCUGCCUUCUCACUUUUUCUCGAUGAAGUAUAAGUUUGUUUGUGCUUCGUCACACGCAAAAAAAAGAAAAGAAAAAAUGCAAGGUGGGUAUUACACAUGAUAUUGGUCAGUAGGGCAAAUAGUUGAAGCUGACUUUGCUUAUUUCACUGGCAAUAACACAUUGCCGCUUAUUCCACUUGCAUAGAAACAAGAAUGUAAGUGUUGCAUUUAACAUGUUUACUUUUAUUUUUGACCAAAAAAAAGAAGCAACUGCAGGCAAGUCUCUGCUCUGAUAUGUUUUCUCACCUGUACCUGUUUUUCAUGCACUUUUGGCCUUAACUCUACAAAGAGGGAGCGAGCCCUAGCUGAUAAGGGCAUUAUCCCCAAGCCUGCCCCAUUACCACAAUGGUCUGGUAUCAAAGAGUACUUGACAUACCUGAACCUCAAUGAGCCCGUAAUCGGGCUUAGCGACUUGGUGCAAGAAGAGGAUUUUCUCUCAAAUAAUGGCAAAUCCCUGCCGAGUUACAGGUGCAGACUGUGUUCAGUCCAGAUGGACUUGUGUGAAAUGGCCACUCAUGUUGUGGGUCGCAGGCACCGGCAGAGAUACCUGGAGCGGUAUAGGCCAGACUUGGUGACAUGGGAAAAGACUUCAGAGAAGCAAGCAGGUGUUGUCGCGAGGGCUAAGGCUGCAAUUGUAGAAAAGCAAGAGGGAUGGGGAAAUCCGGUGCCGCUUAUGAGAUCAGAUAAAAGGAGGCCAGUUCGAAAUCAAGGUAUGGCAUGCGAUGGAGCAGCAGCAGACCGUUCGUCUUAUCCUCAAAAACGAGCCGCAACUGUGCGCAACAGGAGAGAGCAGGAUAUUGACUACAGUCAGUCAUAUGUGGAUCAUGAUUCUUACCGGGGGCAGUCUCAUUACCGUGAAGAUAACCAAUACGACCAGUCAUACAGAAAUGAUUUGCCUCAGCACUUAUCCGGUUCAGGGGACAACCGAUACAAUUCACAAUAUUCUCAAGACGAUCAGAGAAGCUCCUAUCGAGAGAGCGAAUACAUGGAAACGUCUUACACAGAAGAUGACGCGAACGCAGGUAGUUUUUCAGGCGAUGGGACUUAUAGUAGACGCUACACGGACAAAGGUGCCGCGCAGUCUUAUGAAGAUGAAUGGUACCAAGAACGAAAUCCCAGCAGAGGAUCGUACAAAAGCAGAGAUAACGACGAAGAUGAUUAUUAUCAGAGCAACGUUUCAGAUAACAGAUUUGGUUACUCGGGAGAAGACUAUCAAGAGAGCGGGAGGAUCCAAGAGCCGAUGUACGCAUCGCACCACGGAACGGGGUCUAGCAUGGAUGAACGGCAGCGGCAGAGCAGAACCAUGCCGUAUACAGAAAAGGAAAGAGAACGUUUUCAGGACGUAGAUGAAACUGGAAGGCGUGGGGCUUUUGAAAUGGAAGAGUACAGCAGAAAUGAAAGUUACUUCCCUGAUGAUGAUGAUGCUUUAUCUGGAAAACGGAAAAGGAAGAGCAGGUUCUCCGAUGCCUCACCACAAGAGAUGGCACUUGCACGGAAGAGCCAAAUCGAUGACCUUGCUUCAAAAUACAACCCAAAAAGAAGACCAGGUCCUAUAAAUAAUCAGGCGUCCGGAAGCAACAUGGAUUCAGGUGUAACCCCACGUAUGGAAAAUGUUCUGGAUGUCCUGAAUGACAUUCAGAUCGAGAAUGUGCAAGAGGCUAACUUUUUGAAGGAUAAGUUAUGCAGCCUUCUUAAAGAGUUCCAGACGAAUAAAACUCAGCGCACUCAGGGCCAGGUUUCCCAGACGUCCACAGACUACACAGACAGCUAUUACGGUGGUAACAGAAUGGAGCAGCGCAGAGAGAUGCCGGAGACAAAACGUUUAGAUGACCAGGUCUUUCAUGAGCCUGCAAAAUACGACCGUGACUUGCGUAACUCCAGGGAUUAUUUACAUACAAGACAUGUUGAAGAAGAUCCAAAAGGCAUGAGACAGAACCGAGGUCCCGAAGAGCCUGAAUAUCAGUGGAAUACUUACAGAGAGGGCUCGGCUGGCCGCCCUGAAGAGCGCAUUCAGAGUCGCCAUUCAGAUGACAGAAGAGGUUACCGAGAAACUGCUUGGAAUUCCAGAUCCUUAAGAGAAGAGAAAAGGGUCUACACAGAGGAGCAUCGUUAUCAGCAUGACUAUCGUCAUGGCGGAGAUCUCUACAACCCGUUUGAGCCUUCGUCAUCUCCGCCUGUGGAGACUGGCUCCUCCACGCUUGACAAGCUCGCCUCCACACUUUUGGAACUGGUUGCACGUAAAACAAAUUAAAAUGCACCAGUUUAAAUCAAUGUGUUCACAAAUGACAUCUAGUAAGUUUUUAGUCAUUCAGUGAUGUGAUGUUUGUCAGUUUAACCCUGGAGGAGCUUCGACGACACCAUUUGUGUGUUUUGUUUUAUGUAAUACUGAUGGAUGUGCACCAUUGUGGUAAUAAACUAUUAUCGUUCCUCA